AUGAGUGAAGGGAAACAAAUCUAUAUUGAUCCUCAAUAUUUACCUCCAGAAUAUGGUGGGAAUGAAGGCCCCGACUAUGCUUUAGACGAGGACGACUAUGCUUUAGAAGGGGAGGAGGACAAUGCUUCAGCAGUGGAAGACAGAACUAAUGAGAUUUUGGAAGAUUUGAAUAUCACUCAUUAUGACAAUGUUGAUAAAAUUCUAAACCAGCCUGAAAUGACACCCCAAAAGACAGGAUCCUACCUCAAUAAGGUAAUAGCUACUGCAAACGUUCGGAGAAACCAGUUGAAGGUUUACAAGGCACGAGUUAGACAGGCAUAUAAUAAGGGUACCAUAGGAGGAGUAGAAAGGGCCCGGUAAAAUAAAAGAAUAGAUAAUACAAGGGUUGUGUUAAACGAAUAUUUCAAUUAUCAUGAGAACUGGGCUAAGCAGAUUAAAGGUUCAGGAAUGAGAAAAAGUAGAGGUGGGAGUGUGAUGUUCUUCAAUAACCCCAAGCAAUUGCUCAAAAAGUUACAACUAAUUAUCGGUGAAAUAAUGGCUGGUAAUACAUCAAUUGAUAUGCGCAAUAUGGGAGUUUCAAUACUGGACACUCUUCUGAGAACUUCAACGAUCAACAAAAGCCAGCAUAAUAAACUGUAUAAGCAACACUUUAUCUAACUACUAUACAUAGAUGGAACGAGAAAUAGUUUUAUCCUCCUACUCGGUUAAAAACGAGGGUAGUAACAAGCCUGGAAACUUUGUUACCAAAUUCAUAAAGCCAAUAGUCUUAGACAAUAAUCAUGAGUAUGCUAUUGACCUCAACAGAAUAAUCAACAUGAGCUUCACCUGGUUCAAUAUAAAUACUGGGUAUGAUAAUCAGCUUGUCCCGUUCAGAAGCGAUUCAGGAACUAAUUUCACAAAUAUAUCAUUUCCGCCAGGUGUGUGGAAUUACAGUGAUUUCAAUUCAUACAUCAAACAGAAGACGGUUAUAAAAUCACCUGGUAAAGACGAUGAGUACCCCAUCACUCUUACAUUUGAUGAGACAAUCUUUAAAGUGACAAUUAUACUGAAGACUAACUACCAGCUUGAUCUGACUAAAUCCAGUUUUUAUGAGCUGAUUGGAUUUGAUAAAAAAGUUCUCACGGCUGGGAGCAAUGUAGGCGCAAAAAGUGCCAAAUCCUUGUCAAGACACUGAUAUAUUGAACAUUCAUUGUAACCUGGUAAAUGAUAGUCUUUUUGAUGGAGAAGAAAGUGACACUAUUCACAGCUUUAGUACAAGCGUCGUAAGACCAUCAUACAGCUUUACUCUUGAGCCAAGAAGAAUCACAUACAAUCCGAUUAAUAAACAAACUAUCAGCUCUAUUAGAAGGUAUAUCACAGAUGGCAAAAGACGGGUCGUGGAUUUAAACGGAGCUGAUACUUCAUUGGGCAUCAUUCUGAGACGAAGAGUAGCCUAAUUUUGUAUAACAUUAUAAUAUAGAUAAAACCAUAUGAAUUUACGAGAUUUUUUCACCCGAGGCUGGGUAGAUUUAUGUAUAAGCAUAAAGGAAACGGCAUCAUGGUAGAUAAUAUUCUCAAACCAAUGAGAAAAGUUGCAUCUUCAGUAGCCGAACCAGUUGUCAAACCAUUUGCUAAAAAAGCACUGCAAUCCAGUAUUUCCCAUGCUGGUGAUAAAUUGGGUAAAACAGCUGCUGAAAAAGGUGGUGAUUUUAUCAUGAAAAAGCUGGCUGGUAAAUUCAAUAGACCAUCAGUUGGAACUAAACCGUCUACACCAAGAUCUGUAAGACGCAAACAGGAAUCAACAGACAUGGCAAUAAACCGUUUGAUAUCUGGAUCAGGAAUAAAAAGAAUGAGGCGUAAAAUAGUGUAACCUAAAAAUAUAGAUGGCUUUUAGAUGAAGAUUGCUCACCCAGGCAAAUAAUGAUAACGGCAGCAGAGGAGCUAAAGAUGUCAAUGUCAUCAUCCCAAUGAACAGAUACGCGUUUUUUGAAGAGCUGGAAGACGAAAAGUUAGUUCCCAUGCAACUGCAGUUUAACAUAGAAUUGAAUAAUGAUGAUGAAUUGAUACAUAAGGCCUACGGUGCUGAUGCUGGCCGUAUUGUUGUCAACAGAUUCCUCCUGUGGAUUGCAAAGUUAACCCCAAAAGACAGCAUGUAUGACAGAUUCGUAAGCUCAUUUUUAAAAGAAACACAGUGGAAAUACAUGAGAGAAUUGUACGAGGUUUCAGUGCCAACUCAAGCAAGUAGAUAUUUCCAAAUAUCUGCUAGUAUCGAUAAUGUAAAGCAUAUUUUCGUUUACCUGAAAAAUUCUUACAGAGAUAACAAUGGCGAUAGACAUGCUGAACUUAGUCCAUAUCUGAUGAAUACUUUUUCACUACCAGGAGGGGCAUCUCUGAGCAAUUGCAGGUUAGAAUAUGGUAAUGGCAUCUUCUACCCAGAAACUGAGUAUGAUAGUGACAGUAAAGUCGGAAUAUUCAACGAUCUGAUGGCAUAUGCUAUGAGAAAGAAUGAUAUCAAUACUAGCACACAACUGAAUCUAGCAAAUUACAACAGUCUGUUCCCAUUGAUUUAUUUUGAUCUGAAUUACCAAACAGAGAAAGUAACAAGAGAUCCCAAGCAAUUAAUAUUUAGAUACAGAUUAUCAGCCAACGCGGGUGAGAAUUUUGCUGUACAUGCUGUUGUUCUUUAUGAAGAGAUCCUGAAAAUUGAUAAGAUUGGUAAUGAACUUGCAAUUGUGUAA